GGAGCAUGCGCACUCGGUGUAAACAGGAAGAAGGGCAGAAAAACUAGGGCAAAGCCUCCAUAAAGAAAAGAUAAUGAUCGGACAAAAGCGUGCGAACGUCUUGUUCUUCUUUAUAUAUUAAGCGACAUCUAUGUUUUUCUAAACGACAAAAUAGCGUUUUUGAAUAUAUCUUGUAGAACUAUUUGCAAAAUUUUCCAGAAUUUUCUGAGAAUCGUGCUCAUUGUAACGGCAACUAACGUCAACGUUGAGCAGACGGCUCGCGUCGCUGUCUUUGUUGUGGGUUCAUUCUUUGAAUAACUUGCUUCCUGAGCGACAUUUCAGACCAACCGCUGCUUUCUGAAUUGUCUGAGUUCGGUGGUUUUUCACUGAGUGGAACCGCUGAAAUGGUUCAGAAAGAGAAGACAUUGGAGACGCCCGCAGUGGACGGUGAGCCGAGCCCCACCACUGUCCCCGGAGAGGCUUGUGCCGAGGCCCCCGGCCCGGUGGAAGAGUCCGGCAUUGGAGUGGAGCCACAGGGACACAGGAAAUUCAUAAGCGGAGUCGUGGAAGGCUUUUAUGGCCGGCCAUGGACAAUGGAACAGAGGAAGGAACUGUUCAGGAGGCAGCAGAAGUGGGGACUGAACACAUACCUUUAUGCGCCAAAAGAUGACUACAAACACAGAAUGUUCUGGAGAGAACUGUACUCUGUGGAGGAAGCAGAGCAACUUAUGACUUUAAUUAGUGCUGCUAAAGAACAUGGUAUAGAGUUUAUCUAUGCCAUUUCUCCUGGACUGGACAUCACCUUCUCCAAUCAGAAAGAGGUUACGGCGCUUAAGAGGAAACUAGAUCAGGUCACCCACUUUGGCUGCAAGUCAUUUGCCUUACUUUUUGACGAUAUUGAUCACAACAUGUGCCCUGCUGACAAAGAAGUGUUCAGCUCAUUUGCACAUGCUCAGGUUUCCAUUACUAAUGAAAUAUACCAAUACCUGGGAGAGCCUGAAACUUUCCUUUUCUGUCCUACAGAGUACUGUGGAACAUUCUGCUACCCAAAUGUAUCACAAUCUCCAUACCUCCACACAGUAGGAGAAAAGCUACUGCCUAACAUUGAUGUGCUAUGGACAGGCCCCAAGGUGGUGUCUAAAGAUAUCACAGUUGAGUCUAUUGAGGAGGUGUCAAAAAUCCUGAAAAGAGCUCCGGUCAUUUGGGAUAAUAUUCACGCCAAUGAUUAUGACCAAAAAAGGCUCUUCUUGGGUCCAUACAAGGGACGCUCCACUGAACUCAUUCCCAGGCUGAAAGGAGUCCUCACUAACCCAAACUGCGAGUUUGAGUCCAACUUUGUAGCGAUCCACACUUUAGCCACCUGGUAUAAGUCUAAUAUGAAUGGUGUGCGUAAGGAUGUGGUCAUGACUGAUGGUGAGGACACCACAGUGUCAAUUCAGAUCAAGUUGGAGAACGAAGGAAGUGAUGAAGAACUGGAGACAGACAUGCUCUACAGCCCACAGCUUGCAUUAAAACUGGCUCUGACGGAAUGGCUUGGGGACUUUUGUGUGCCUCAUCAAUACAACAGCCGACAGGUGCCUCAGAGUGGUGCCAAAAGCGCAACCCAUGACGUCUCAUCGAUUGCUGCUCCCUCUCUCUGCUCCUCAACAACAGUCACAACUGUGUUCCAGCAGCCAAUCAUGUCUCCAGCCAUCCCACCUCUUUGUCUGGAUCCCCUUACACAUCCCUUGGCCAAACAAUCUCCUGAGGUGGAAGAGGUGGAUGAAGAGAAGAAGGAUUUAGAUGAGGAGCCCAUGGAGAUGGUGGUUGAAAAGCAGGAUGAACCAGAGCACGAAGCUGAAGCUGACACACCAGAGAAACAUAUUGGUCCUAUCUUGGUUGAUAAGAUGGCGGAGGAACUACGGCCCAUGGACACAGACAAGGAGAGUCUUGCAGAGUCAAAGUCCCCAGAAGAAUCUCUACAGGAGGAUUCUGGGAGUGAUAUUGCCCCUAUGCAGACAGAUGAUCAGCUGAAACAGGUGCCACAAAUAUUUGAUGUGUUUGUGCCAGGACUCAACGAGAAGCCCCUUUUCACCGCAGAACCCCUCACACUGGAUGACUUGUGCUUGUUGGCAGAGCUCUUCUACCUGCCUUAUGAACACGGACCCAAGGCUAUGCAGAUGCUAAAGGAAUUCAACUGGCUACGAGCCAACAGCAGCGUCGUCAGUGUCAACUGCAAGAGAAAGGAAACUGAAAAGGUAGCAGAAUGGAAAUUGAGGGCAGACAGGUUUGAAGAAAUGUGCUGCUCAGUCAUCCAGAUGUUCACACGACUGUCAAAUACAGCCAACCGCACUAUCCUAUACGACCUCUACCCCUACAUCUGGGACAUCAAGAGCAUCAUUUCUAUGGUCAAGUCUUUUGUUCAGUGGCUAGAUGGAAGAAUCCUCAGUACAAGUUUCUACUGCUAUUGGAUCGACAGUGGCCGAUGGUGUCGUAGUCAGUCCUCAGCACAAUUCCUUAGAGGAGACCAAGAGCCCUGGGCCUUUAGGGGAGGUCUAGCAGGAGAGUUCCAGAGGUUGUUGCCAAUAGAGGCGGCAAACGAUCUUUUCUACCAGCCUCCACCCUCAAUGCCAACCUCCAAAAUAUACACGAUCAGGCCAUACUUUCCCAAGGAUGAGACUGCCAUUUAUAAAAUCUGUAAAGAAAUGUACUGUGAAGGAAUGGAAGAUCUACCGUUAACUGAUGAUGACCCUGAUCUUAUAGGAGACAGGUUGGUAGGAGGUCUCCUUACGCUGAGUUCAGACUAUGGAUUUGUGCUCGAGGAUGAUGAGGGGAUCUGCGGUUAUGCUCUUGGUACUGUGGAUGUCAAGCCCUUCAUUAAAAAAUGCAAAUUGAACUGGAUUCCUUUCAUGCAAGAGAAGUACCACAAACCUGAUUGUGAAAAAGAUCUCACGGAGGCUGAGAAGAUAAUGCUGAGUUUUCACGAAGAGGAGGAGGGUCUUCCAGACUCUUUCCUGUCCAACUUUCCCUCUCUCAUCAAGGUGGACAUCCAUGCCAAGGUCACUGACCCCAGUGUGGCCAAAAGCAUGAUGGGAUGUCUUCUAUCUUCUAUUAAGGCCAAUGGGUCCCAUGGUGCGUUCUGUAAAGUUCGUCAGACUGAUAAGAGAAUGUUGGACUUCUAUGGUAAGCUGGGAUGCUUUGAAGUGGCCAAAAUGGAAGGUUUUCCCAAAGAUGUCAUCAUAAUGGGACGCAGCCUAUGAAGAAAUGUCCCAGACAAUAAAAACACGAGCAAGUUGGCACAGUUUUACCAUGUUUGCUACCUUCGUGAGGGAAACCAUGAUGAUUUUAUACUACAUAACAUCUGGGCUAGACCCAGGCAGACCUAUUUUUAGGAUUUGUGUAGAGAAGCACAACAGACACAUACAAACUCCCGGCGCAGCCCUUAGAUGAUGUGGCUCUGUUGGAUUGAGCAGAUCUGAAGCUCAAAGGCCAAGGGGUGUAGUUAUUUAAUUUGAGCCAUCAUGGAAGAGUGGCACUUCAGCAUUACAUCUGGAGUGCCACUCCUGUACCUCUAAAAGACAGGGAAAGAUUAUUUUAUACGCUCUUUCUGGUUCAAUGGAAACUUCCCACAUGUCCUAAAAGAAAGUGUCUGUAUCUGAAAUGGAGGCAGAAUUGCAAAAUGAGUACGACCAGUGUCUGGGGUAGUGUUUCACUACCCCCACAUCCUGCUUUCCAAAUGUUGGCUUAGAAAUAACAUAGCUGUCAACAGAAGUAGGACACCUCUGUACAGGAUGUGAAGUGUAAUGUGAGAGUUUGCCUUUCAUCAUCACAUCAUGGUAUUUCCAGUUUCUUCACAAUAGUCUUGGAGAAAGAGGCCUUUAUGUUGGGUGUUUCUUACAAAAACAGGAUUUGAAAUACUGGGUCUGCAAACACUAGAGGUGGGAAGGGUAGCUUAAGGAUUUCUAAAACCCCUAAACAGAGGAGCAGUAAUGAACCACAACGUUUGGAAAAUUCCUUUCAAAUAGAACCUUUAUUUAGAAUUGUAUUAACCUAAUUUAUACCUUUUUUUUCUGUUUCAAUAUUACAUUAUUUUUAGCCUGAAAUUCCAGACGUCGUUCAUCGUCUUCUGUGUGAAGGAUUCGAAACACGUCCUUUCAAUAUGCCAAGCGUGGUUUAGUUUAAAAUAUUGGGCCUGAAUAAAAUUCAAAAACCUGAAGCCUAAGUUGACUGACAAGUUUAACACUGUCAGACUUACUAUCCAAGUUCUGUAAAAUACAUUGAUUAAAUGUUACAUUUGUGUAACUCGGUAAAAUGUUAUGUAAAAAAAUUGCUGAUUAUUAGUCUAGAAAAUCUAGAUUUAGAUCAAAAUUUUCUGAUGGCAGCAACAAGUGGGACCAAAAUGCUGCACAUUUGAUGUUCUGUAAUGUUUUUUUGUUUCAGAAAGUAAAGGCUUAAAGAAAACUAAAAACAUAAAAGCAUUAACCUCCCACUGUCAGAAGCUGCUGGGUUUUCCUUAACCACUUUUUGUCAUUUAGGACAAAGUCAACAGGUAAUCUGAAGAACACUUUCAGAUUUGCGGUGCUUAAAGUUAAUUGGUACAUCUGACAUCCCUACCUGCGUUGAUUCAACACUGCACACUCUUGAAUGUCCUCUCUGUUGAGCCUGGGGGCAAGCACUAACAAUCGCCAGGGUUGUAGAAUCCUGUCACCAAAGUGGUACUGGCUCCCACACCGAUGUGGGAAGCAGAAAUCCCUAGGCCUUUUAGUAUCUGUCCAUUGAAUGUUUUCUAAUCUUACGCAUUUCAUAUUUGUUUUUUUGUAAAUUUAUAUAGCUGAAUAAAACGCACUUUGACUGUAGAUAGGUGUGAUCUGUUGGUUACAUGAGGAUCAUCCGUUGCUCUCCUGUAGCUGCCUGCCAUUGUGAUGUUUUGAUACUGAUACUGUGUACAUUCAUAAUGUGCAUGAGGUGUAUUGAUUUGCUGUGGCAGUCUUUAGAAAAACCUACGCUUAUGUUAUGCUGCAUAGAGGAUGAAGCAUGCUACCCACCUCUGUGAGUAUAAUACUGUAGUAUGUAGACAGUUUGUUAACACUGUCAGUUAUGAAGUGUUAUUUUCGAUAUCUUUAUUGAAACUGUGGCCGACAUUCUGUUUUCUUUUCAAAGCAAACAAAAUGCUGCUGCUGUGCCCUGUUGUGUUCAGUCAUUCCACCUGGCUGUCUUUCAGUAAAGUUAGAAACCAAUCUGCUUUUUUUGUCCUCUAAAUCGACAGCAGACAUUUUACACUUGUUUAAAAAAAAGUCUCAUUUCAGCAGGUUGUUGAUGCUCUAACAUUGUCCUCUGCUCAUGGGAACUGAUGAAACAAGUUGUGACUGAAGGAAAGGGCUUGUUUAUUUUGAUUUGGGAGGGAAUCUGAAAGUGUACAAUUUAUAUGUAUGAUGCAUAAGUUGAACAAUUAAUAAACUACAAUAUGUUA